CUGCUCGAAGCCUCGCUUCGUUUGUCCCAUCACUACCGGAAACACACCACACAGCUUCCGCUGCUGUGGUUUGAGCUCAACCUACAGUUAUGAUGUCUCCGGUGUUCCCCGCCUUGCCAGCACCUGAAGAUGAGAACGGAGCCCCGAAGAGGGUGGCCUGUCCGCUCCACGGGUGUAAGCGGGCUUACACAGAGAUGAGCGUCCUGCAGAAUCACAUCAAGGACCACGAGAUCGCGGCACAGUCCCUCCCAGGUAAGGUGCUGCUGUGCUCCUCCGCUGGCUGUGGCAGGUCCUUCCCCAACAUGCAUAAGCUGAUGGAACACAUGAGGCAUCACCAUAAGCCCAACAUCUACUUCCAGUGUGAGAGCUGUCGCACAAAGCUGCGGUCCUACCGUGGCCUCCUGGCACACCUGCACACCUGUUCCAAAGUGCCCCGAAGCAAAUCAAAGGCUACUGAACCAACCCCCCCUCUGUCUGCUGCUGCUGGUCCAAAUCUGACCACUAAUGCUGCAGAGCAGCAGCCCCCCCACUUAGAGUCAGUUUGUUCAACCCAGCAGGUCUCCGACCCACAGGAGUCCCUCUCUGCUGCUCCUCUGCUGGACUCCGCUGACCCCCCUGUGCUAGGCCCCCCCAUCCUGCCUCUCCAGGAGCCUGUCCCCCUCCCUUCGGGCCCCUGUCCCACCCCCUCUCAUGACUCUGAUACUCCUGAAGCCCAGAGCAGGACCACGGGGCCUUUCCCACCUGCUCUUCACUCUCCUCCUGGCUCCUCCGCUGUCUGGAAGAAGAACCAAGGGACGUCCUGCAACAGACGUGUCCUCUGGGAACACACUAGGGGGCGCUACACCUGCGUGCAAUGUGGACACACGGUGACUAACCGUAAGGAAAUGACCCAGCACAUCAACAGUCACCACAGCGGCACCAAGGUGGCACGGGACCCAGGAAACAGCUGACGCCGCGGUCCGGGCCCUGGUUUACCGUCAGCUUUUCUGAGAAAGUAAACUUGAUAAACAUCCUGUUGGGACUCUUGGAUAUUAGGGACCGACUGCAAAAAGAGUUUCUCCACCCGAAACUGAAAUCUUGUCUGUACUUAUUUCCCAGAGCUAGAUAAGUGGGAGAGAGCAGCCCGGUCAUUCUGCUCUCCUUUAGCUUAGCAUAAAGCACCGUAAUUAAAUGAUCCAACUAGCAUCGUGAGCCCUUCAAAUCCCUCCGUAGUGAUCCCAGUUCUGCUUGGUGACCUAAAUCAGACGGACUGCAGGUGAAAAUCAUCACAGGCGCCAUUUUAGAUUGAACCUUACUGCUUUGGCAUAUCUAGUUUAACGGUGUUUAUACUAAGCUAAAGCUAACGGCGUACAGCCAGGUUAAUAUGGGUGGCCUGUCCCUGUAAAGCUGCCCCAACCCUGAGACCCAUCGGCAGGUGUGAGAACCUAAAGGAGCCCACAGAAUAAAAGCUUGUUGUUGAAACCUUUA